ACUCGACGUCGCACACUGGAACAUUGUGUUGCUUAAGCGACAGUCACGCGCUGAAGCUUCUCGUUCGCUCGACGUUUUCCCAGUCCGAGUCCGCCUGAUUCCGCAUCCUUGUCUCACGCGUGGUCAUGACGGACCUACAACGUGCCACUGUGUCCGGCUGGACGUACACGCUGACCGGGUUCGGCGAGUUCCUCGAGAUGCGUCGUGUCGCAUUCGCCGAGCCGAUGCCAGCCACCUGCCUCUGCGGCGUCUGUGGCGUACUGACUCGCCGUACUGCGCUACUGCCGUGCGGCCACGUCUUCUGCGAGAGCUGCAAGUCUCAGCUGCCGCGAGGAAACGACCGCUGCUGCCCAUUCGACGGGAAGAAGUUCGCCGACUCGGACAUUCAGCGGAUCGAGCUGUGCGAGCUGGAGCAACGCCGCGUCGUGUGCUCGGCCUCCCGAGUAUGCGGAUUCUCCGGCAAACUGUCCGAGCUCGCGGAUCACCUGACUCAGUGCGGCGGCGGAAAGGUGAAGUGCCGCAAGUGCCAGCGAUCCGUCUUCCGCGGCCAUGCCGUGAAUCACUAUCGCAGCUGCACCGGCCCCCUGCAUGCGGCGAACGCUGAAGCGGCCGCCAAGGCAGAUGAGAUGGCGGACGUCGAGAAGAGCGCGCGGGAGCUGAUGUUUAUUAAAGGCGUUGACUUGGAAGCCGUGUUCAGCCGCUUUACGAACACUUUGGCAGACAAGAUAGCCAGUCUCGAGCGUCAGUUAGUCGAAGCGCAGAAGAGGUCCAACAGCAAUCGGCAGCCGGCAGUCCCUACUGAGAAGGAGGCGGCGGUUAUCCAGGGACCGUACCGCGCUGCUUCCAGAGCAGGCGUUCUGAUCACCACGUGCAAGUUCGCCAAUGUCUGCGCAGCGCUCGACUCUCUAAACGAGAACAAAACGCAAAUAGUGAAACCAACUGCUACGUAUUCGCUGGGAGGUUAUACCUUCUGCCUCGCGUGCAAGUUCUCCAAGAAUGGAAGAGAGAUCAACGCGGAUUUCGCUCUCUUUUUGCGCGACGGUGAGUGGGAUAGUUACGUGGAGUGGCCUUUCAAAAAGAAAGUUACACUGAUUAUGAUGCACCCCAAGGACGCAGAAAAAGACGUCCGCUUGCCGGUAACCAUGGCGGAACACGAUAUGGUGAAGAAACCCUAUGUUGGCUCUUGGAACACGAGCUGCUUUGCAGACAGUUAUAAGAACUGGAAGGACAUUGAACUUCAUGGUUAUGUCGAUAGAGGUGCCCUCUAUGUAAACGUUGAGUUCGAAUAAAUUCCUCGUGCGCGUAUGUGCUCCCUUGCGCCCUUUGUCUGUCGUCCCUAAAUUUGUGGAAAUGGACAAGUUUUUGAUUGCGAUUCGCAUCACGCUGAAGCGCAGGAGACAUGUUCGUUAGACAAAUCGGCUUUCGUGAGUUCAUGCAGAGCUCCAACAUGGUGCCGAUCGAACGUUUACUUACGUUCGUAACAUUGCGUUUCUGGUUGUGUAAUAAACUGCAUCAGGAUGGCAGACUGGACGAGUCGG